AUUUAAUAACUAAGAGAAUUAUAUUAGUAAUUAAAUUAUGUGAUAAUUUCAAUAAUUACAUACUUGUCAAUAAAGUAAAUUAAUUUAUUUGAUCAAAUUCAAAAUGUCUAAAACAGACACUGAUCGCCCUGUAAAGCGUUAUAGGCGAGAUGAUAUAAAAUCAUCAGAAUCCGAGAAAGAAGACGAUGAUUAUGUUCCUUACAUUCCUGUAAAGGAACGCAAAUUAAUGCAACUGCAAAAGUUAGGUCGAAUUUCACAAUUAACAAAUGAAGCGAAUCAAAGCAACAAAUCUUCCAGUGAUAAUGAUAACGAUGAUGAGAGAGCCGAUGAAGCUUGGGGUAGAAAGUUCAACAUCAGUUUACUAGAUCAACACACUGAGCUGAAAAAGAUUGCUGAAGCAAAAAAAAUAAGUGCCGUUGAGAGACAGUUGAAAGAAGAAGAAAAGAUUUUAGAAAGUGUGGCUGAGAAGAAGGCUUUGAUGGGUGUUGCUGAAUUAGCUAAAGGAAUUGAAUAUAAAGAACCCAUCAAAACUAGUUGGAGUCCCCCGCAUUUUAUAUUAGCAACACCAGAAUCCAAAUUUGAAGACUUAAGGAAUAAACUUAGGAUAUUGGUAGAUGGUAAAGAUAUACCACCGCCAAUAAAGAGUUUCAAAGCAAUGAAAUUUCCAACAGGCAUCUUGAAAGGUUUAGAGAACAAAAAUAUAAAAAGACCCACUCCAAUUCAAAUUCAAGGAAUUCCAGCUGUACUUUCAGGCCGAGAUAUUAUAGGUAUAGCUUUUACUGGAUCAGGAAAAACAUUGGUUUUUGUACUGCCUUUAAUAAUGUUUUGUUUGGAACAGGAAACUUGUUUACCAUUUAUUCGAAAUGAAGGUCCUUAUGGAUUGAUAAUCUGCCCAUCACGUGAAUUAGCAAAACAAACAUAUGACAUAAUUCAACAUUAUUGUCGCUAUCUACAACAAGCAGGGCAACCUGAAAUAAGAUCUUGCUUAGCUAUAGGCGGUGUCCCUGUAUCUGAAUCACUUGAUGUUAUUUCUAGAGGUGUUCACAUAAUGGUAGCUACUCCCGGAAGGUUAAUGGACAUGCUGGAUAAGAAAAUGGUUAAAUUGGACGUUUGUCGUUAUUUGUGCAUGGAUGAAGCUGAUAGAAUGAUAGAUAUGGGUUUUGAAGAAGACGUGCGAAUGAUAUUCUCAUUUUUCAAAGCCCAAAGGCAAACUUUAUUAUUUUCAGCUACUAUGCCGAAAAAGAUACAAAAUUUUGCAAGAUCCGCUUUAGUCAAACCUGUAACAAUAAAUGUGGGCCGUGCUGGUGCGGCUAGCAUGAAUGUUAUUCAAGAAGUUGAAUAUGUUAAACAAGAAGCCAAAAUUGUUUAUUUGUUAGAAUGUUUGCAGAAAACACCACCACCGGUAUUAAUUUUUGCAGAGAAAAAACAAGAUGUAGAUGCUAUUCAUGAAUAUCUACUUUUGAAAGGAGUAGAAGCAGUAGCCAUUCACGGAGGUAAAGAUCAAGAAGAAAGAAGCCGGUCAGUAGAAGCAUUCCGAAAACAACAAAAAGAUGUUUUAGUUGCAACUGAUGUUGCUUCCAAGGGUUUAGAUUUUGCAGAUAUACAGCAUGUCAUAAACUACGAUAUGCCAGAAGAUGUAGAAAACUAUGUGCACAGAAUUGGAAGAACAGGUCGAUCAAGUAAAACAGGACUUGCAACCACCUUUGUUAACAAAAUGACUGAAGAAUCAGUGCUAUUAGAUUUAAAACAUCUGUUGAAAGAGGCUAAACAAAAAGUACCACAAUUCUUAGCAGACUUAGCACAUGAGAAUGAGAAAUAUCUAGAUCUCGGUGAUACACAAGGUUGCAGUUAUUGUGGUGGCUUGGGCCAUAGGAUUACUGACUGUCCAAAACUAGAAGCUGCGCAAAGUAAACAAGCAUCAAACAUUGGAAGAAAGGACUACUUAUCAAAUACAGCAGCAGAUUAUUAAGUCUUUGUUGCAUUAUUUCCUUCCUUAAUAUAAAUAAUACAAAAUUGUAACAAAUUUUUUACAUGUUUUAACAAGAUAAGUAAAUUUUUAUAUUAUAAUGGAUAAAUACAUAAUAACUUACCC